AUGCGGCUCAGCGAGAGCAGCUGGUCAUCCAGCGCGAGCGGGCUGCUCGUAGCGCUCAGUCCCAGCUUGCUCAUCUUGUGCACCUAUCUGGGUACAUGCGCAGCGCUGCUCGUAUGGGUGUACAGCAAGGCUUCGUCUGCGUCUGCGUCUGCGUCUGCGUCUGCGUCUGCGUCUGGCGUGUCCAGCAAGCGUUCACGUUCACGGCUGUGGAAGGUGGGUAGCCUGCUCUCGCUGGCUUUCACGUGGUAUUUGUGAGUGCUCGCUCACGCGCCGCUAGAGGCUUCCAACGAGCGCAUACACGCGGUCGUUGACCCCAGCUCCAAUCCACCUCAGCAUGCUCGCAUUUCUACGCUACUCAUACGUAGACUAUGUGAAUAGCAGCCGCACGCUCAAAGCAUCCACCUUGCAAUGCCUCAAGGAUUGGCUGGACAAUACGCGUCUGUUCGAACAAGCUUGGCUAAGGGUGGUGCAAGGUCCCCGCGAAUGGUGGUUCUCCUCCGAAAUUUGCGUCAUCACGACAGGUGCUUGGACAUUGUGGAUAAGAGCAAGGCGUGAGUGUGCGCUCCUCUCCUUCUCGCUGCUUGCUGGGAACAGCGAAGCUAAAGACUGCGAAUCUUGGCUGUCCGCAUGUAUGCGCGUAGAGCGCCAAGGCAAGCUCAGGUAUCCUGCCGCGUACAUGGUUCUGGGUCAGAUCGUAGCCAUCAGCGUUGCUGCUGCCCUUUCCUUUCUUGCCGUAGCCGAGGAUACUACAGAUGCAAGUACAAGCCCACCAGACGACUCUAGCUCUUCCAGCGCACCUGGAAAGGGAAGACGCCCUCAAGACAAGAGGCAAAACAGCGCAGCAAGCUGGGUGCUGCUUUUGGAAUUGGUCUUCUUUGCUGCUGGGGCAUGGGCAGUGUCUUCGCCUCCACGAGACUUGCUGCAGAUCCUCACCAUGCACAUCUUUCCUCUUCUUCUCGUCCUUUUACCUCCAAGCGACGCACGUCAUUUUAGGUUUCUCGCCUUGGGGCUGAGCAUCUACGCUGCCGCUUUGCGCAUUCGAAAUACGUUAGCAGUGUUCACGACGCUUCAAGCACAAGAGACGUUCAUCGAAGCGCUCUGGAACACUUUCUGGGCGCAUCCUGCUCAAGGAAGCAUCUCUUCGGACCAUGUCGCCGUCUCUCAGCUCGUCAGCUCUCGCAUACUCUCCGAGUGUUCGAGCUCGAGCACAAUACGCGCAAAUCGGUCAGGCAUAGCAUUAGCCAGCCUCACGCCGCUACUUGGUCCAGCUUGUACUCUCGCCGCAUGGGUCGCCAUUACUCAUGAGUAG